AAGUGAAUAACCACCCUGGCCAUGGAUGCUGUCAAUGAGACCUCAGAGGGAGCCCCAUUCAUUCUCCUUGGGCUGACAACAAGUCCUGGGCAGCAGGGACCUCUCUUUGUGGUAUUCUUGGUCUUGUAUGUGGCAGGCAUCCUGGGCAAUGGACUCAUCGUGGCUGCCAUCCAAGCCAGUUCAGCCCUCCAUGCACCUAUGUAUUUCCUGCUGGCACAUCUGUCCUUUGCUGACCUCUGCUUUACCUCCGUCACUGUGCCCAAGAUGUUGGCCAACUUGAUAUCCCACGACCGCUCCAUCUCCCUGGCUGGCUGCCUGACCCAAAUGUACUUCUUCUUUGCUCUGGGGGUGACUGAUAGCUGUCUCCUGGCUGCCAUGGCCUAUGACCGCUACGUGGCCAUCCGGCACCCCCUCCACUAUGCCACAAGGAUGUCCCGGGCCACGUGCACAGCCCUGGUGGGGACAGCAUGGCUGGUGUCCCACGUCCACUCCCUCCUGCAUAUCUUGCUCAUGGCCCGCCUGUCCUUCUGUGCCUCCCACCAAGUGCCUCACUUCUUCUGUGACCACCAGCCUCUCUUAAGGCUCUCGUGUUCUGACACCCGCCAUAUCCAGCUGCUCAUCUUCACCGAGGGCGCCGCGGUGGUGGUCACUCCCUUCCUACUCAUCCUCGCCUCCUAUGCGGCCAUUGCGGCUGCUGUGCUCCACCUGCCCUCAGCCUCUGGGAGGCUCCGGGCUGUGUCUACCUGUACCUCCCACCUGGCUGUGGUGGGCCUCUUCUAUGGGACAGUCAUCGCAGUCUACUUCCAGCCCACAUCUCAAUACAAGGCAGAGCAGGGCUGUGUGGCCACUGUCAUGUACACUGUAGUCACACCCAUGCUGAACCCUGUCAUCUACAGCCUCCGGAAUCGUGACAUGCAGGGAGCACUCAGAGCCCUUUUCACUGGGCGGAGGAUCUCAGCUAGUGACUCCUGAGGCCCAGACCCUGCCAAGGACAGGCCACAUCGCCC